GUGACAACAAAAUCAUAUUAUCUAUUCUAAACGACGUAUAACAAAGAGGCGCAAAACUAAAAUAUCGUUGACUUCUAUUUAUUCGAAUACCUAGGAGAUGGAACUUUCGAAAGCUUUACCACCGAUCCGCGACCGAACUAAUAUUCCAUAACCCAAUUCGCAACUAGGCUGUCACUUGACUAUAAAACUUUCAAUACCAGAAUAAUAUCUAUAGCACAAAUCGACAUGAAUUAUAUCGAAGUCUCCCGUAAACGUAAAAUUAAAACUCUCGAACCAGACGUCGAUGCAAGAGCAAGCUCACUUGCUAACAACUGGAAUCGAGAUCCGUCAUGGCUUUGGCCCCCGCCUCUGAAUCAAGCAUAUUGCAAACUCCACUUCUUAAAGGAAUGUUCUCUGUAUCAUUUAUUGGAGAACGAAUGCUUUAAACUCAAGGUUGAAACGCAGGUACCAAAAGCCAAGAAGACAAGCAAGUGGCCUACGGCACCGACGCGAGUCCAGCCCGCAAGACGAGCGCGAGAGAAGAACUCGAAAGAUCAAGCAGGAACAUCGACAAGCAGGCAAAGUAGCCCUGCACGGAACAGCAAAACCAACGAGGCUUCUAACACUCUCGAUAUUAGCCGCGAGAAGCUCCUACUUCAUCUUUCCUGGCCGAUAUACAAGACACAACUGGAAAGUCACAUCAAGCAGGUAUUCGAUAGGCUUUACGGAAGCAAGCACGAGAGCGCUGGUACAACUAAUCUUCAUCAUCACUCUGGCAUCAACUUGCGUCCGCAAUGCCGCUAUUGUAGAUUCGAUCCCGUAGUCGUGGACUGCGAAGGUGCCGCACCGCGAAGAUUAAACCCCCCCGCGCCGAUGUACUGUAUUGCGCUGGACGGCAUAAAGGAGGAGCAAAUUGGCGAAUUUGGCGGGAUCAAGUUCGCAGUCGGUCUAUCCGCUGGUCACGAGGCGAUCAUCUUGCUAGGGAUGGAGAAACUGGACGAUUGAGUUGGAUGAAUCUGCAGUCAGCGAUGAGCCCGACGUAUAAGAUUUCUCUACGAGCAUAUAACGCACGCCCUUGGGAAGUGAUAAAUUGGAAAGUUAGGUACGGUAGAAAACUCUUAGCUGACUUAGAUAAGAAUGGGAAGGGGAAGGAAAAUGAGUGCGACCCCAAGCUCGCCGCUGGUUGGGGAUAUGAUAGUAUUCGGUAUUCUCAGGCUUACUACAUAUGUCACAGGAGGGGUUUGCCACAGAUAGGUAUACCAUAUCUUAGGUACGUUUCUGCACCCCGUGGCGAAUGGAACCUGGGAUCAUCGGGUUGUCCGCUUGUCAGCCUUGACUUGAUUAAAGAGCUGUAUGCAUGACGAAUAACGCAACUCGCCGACCUCCAUCUUAUAUACCUCUAACAAGAGGACGAGCUGAGACGCUUGUUCGUAUUCAAAUCCAGGCAUCUUGGUUCUUGUAACAUCACUCCUCUAAGGUCCGGUCGAACAGGUCUACCGCUGCCUUGUUAUUUGAUACUAUAGGCUGCUAUGACACCGUAGCCAACCACGAUUUGAGCAACCGUUUUUAAAAGAGGAAAGAGGA